AUGGUAAUCGACCAAGAUGGUGUCUGCGAGACAAAAGAGAUGGGACAAAAUGAGAGUCAGUUUUCUGACGAGGACGAGGAAUACAUUUCAGAUAAGGGUCUGACUUACAGUCGUCAAUACAGAGCGAGAUCCACAUUCGUACCUUCUGACGUAACAACAUUUCCAAAAAAGAGGACAAAGCGACGCUCCCUGCCAACACACAUCACUGACAUAGUCCAUCUGGUAGCCAAGUCACCAUCACGACACAGAAAGGAAGUGGGCGCAAAACGGCGCUCUUCUGCUUCCCUGCUGGCACCACCUUCCGGUGGCUCCCAGACAUUUUUAUCUUCUAUGUCCGAAUGUGACGAAAACGACGCUGCUUUGACAUUUCAAUGUUCUUGUACUUAUAAUAGGGAAUUAGCUUUGGAUGAUUCACAUACCCCCAGUCAACGAAAGUUUGGUUAUUCCAAUCCAGCGAUGUCGUAUGAAGAUUUUGACAUUGUUGGUGAAAGUUCUGAACAUAGGUUUCCGUGGCAGAGAGACAUAUCGGUGCAGUGUUGUAUUGAAGGCCACGAUGAGUUUAGAAGGAAAUUAUCAAGUAAUUGCAAUGAAGAUUCCCCAGCUUGGAAUUCUUUCCUUUUUAGAAACCGGACAUCUUCUCUAACUCGAUUAGAAAUUCCAUCUUAUCCUCAGAUCCGUCCCAAAACCACCGACUUUCCAAGGACAACAGCGUAUAAAGAAGAUACGGAGGGUCCACAGCUAGAAAUUGUCGAUAAUAUAAUGCCACAUACAUCAACAGCUUAUAACAAAGAAAGAUGUAUAGAGGCGCUGGGUGUGGUCAGCUCUCCUAGUCACGCCCUCCGAUCCCCUCGGGUGUCACCCAUCACAAUCAACGACCGAGCGGAGUUCCUCUUUGACUCAGACUCAGACCAUCAGCAAGAUACAUUUGGGGAGAGGAGAGUUUCACCAACUAAGAAGCUCGAGUCAGAUAGUAUGAACGCUUCAGACGAUCAUGAACCUUCUCCCUCUAACGUCAGACGUGGCAGACGGGCGGCCGUCAUUGAUACAAAGAACAUUGGAGAUGUAUCGCCCAGUAAUAUAUCUCCUGUGUCAUCGCCAUGUUCUUCUGACGACGAAGCGGACGGACUAAGUGAUGUGUCCGAUCGUUUGGGUCCCCGCGGUUCGUUCGAUGUCAGCGUUAUUCCUAGUGACUUUCUCUUGUACGAUCAGAACAAUCUACUGAUGAAGAGAAACACAAUAGCAGACUUUUCAGACCACCGAAAAGGGAAAUCGUCAUUUAAUUUAAUUAAAAAAAUGAGAGCUCGAAGUAAGGAAUCCCUAACUUCCUUAGAGGACUUACUGCGUAAAAUGAAACCUACAGAAUUCAAAGACAACCACUUAUCUAUUUACAAGUCCUUACAUUGGACGGACCUGAUUGCGAGUUCAGACAAGUCACCUACAAACAUCGCUCUACCUGAAGAAGAACUGAAACGUCGUGAGGCGGUCUGGGAACUUUUCAAGGCAGAAUGCGUUUAUCUUAUAGAUCAUUUGAUGGUGUUAAAGCAUUGUUUCAUGGAACCUUUGAAAAAGUUGCAAGUAGAAGGUUACAUAAUGUUUGCAGAACCACAGGAUCUCCUUGGCAACUUGGACGAGUUAUGCUACGUGAGUUACACGUUUUGUAAAGAUUUCAUCGCGUCCCUUCUGAAGGACAUAAGCACUACUAGUUUCGGUAGCACGGACGUAUUAGUCCGGUCCUUUGAGAGAUUCACCACUCACUCGCGGGAUGGAGGGGUCUAUCACACGUACUGUCUAAAUUACGCCAAUGCUCUACCCUACUUACACCAACUCCGCAAAAAUGAAGAGUUUGCAGAGUUUGAGAAGUGGUGCAGCCAGGAUCCUAGAUGUAACAGACUGAAGCUGACGGAUCUAUUGGUGGCGCCACUCCAACACUGUACAAAGUUCCCCUUACUUCUGGGAAAUGUGAAGAAGUACACAUCAGAUGAGGAGGAAAAGAGUGCUCUAGCUGAUCUCAUUGAGAAAGUCAACUCAUCAUUACAGAAAAUGGAAGAUAAAAUGAAGUGGGCAAAAAAUUUUGAAAGACUGGAAGAGAUACAAAAGCAGUUGAUAUGGCCUCCAGUAUCUGAGUUAGCCCCCAGGGCCUUCAUACCAGAGUUUCUCAGGUCCAGUUUACUCCAACAACCAUGUGAAAACUUUCUGGCUACCCAGGACCGACAAUUACUAUUUGAAGGAUAUGUUGUUUUAAACGAAAAUGGGAAAGGUUCUGACAUUUAUUUAUUUGUAUUUGAUGAUGUCUUGUUGCUGACAAAACCAAAGAAAAUCCAUAGAAAGAAACACUCCCUGGACAGUUCUGCCAUGAUGGCACAGAUGGUAUUAGCCAAUGAGAAAAGGAUUUACACCGUGUACAGACAACCAAUCGCUGUUGAUCGGUUGUGUCUAUAUGACGUCAGUCAAUCAGAAGCUUCUGUAAAUGGGUUGAAGAAUGCUAUAGUGUUGGUGCAGUUUAAUCGUUAUCAUCAAAUAAUUGAUGUCCUAACGAUACAGUGUGGCCUGGAGACAACCAAAAAUUCUUUAAUGGAGAAGCUGCAUGAAGCUAUAGGAAAUCAAAGAACAGCUUCUGGGUUCACAAGUCGCACCAAUUCCGUGUCCGAGGUCUCAACAUGACCAGAGUCACAAGGAGAUGCCCAUGUCUUUCAUUGCUUAUCAAUAAGUCAUCCCGCAAACAUUCCACAUUUUCCUUUCUACAUUAAACCUAGAAAUCUUACUGUUUUGAUCAUGAACUGUCUUACCUUAUUACUUUCUAAAGAUCAUGAUUGUUUAAUAUAUAAAAUACACUGGAAUCACACCAGUGGGAGGCACUCAAAA